AUGGAUCCAUAUGAAACCAAAAAUUUAACUUUACAAGACAUUCUUCAGAUUGAUCAAGAAUGUUUAGAGAAGAUGGAGAAUUGGCAAAGAAAGUCUUCAGCCAUGAAUUUUAUACAUAAAAUAAUUGCAUUAAAUGGAACAGCCAGAAGCAUAAUUACAUCAAGUGAGAACGAGAGUGAAGAUUCUCAGGAUGAGCCAGAUGAUGUAACUUGUGACUCAUCUGAUUCUGUUCACCCUCUAGAUGUUCUGUGCCUUGUCCUGCAUUGCUGUGACCAUUUUCUGCAGCAGGAGAUUAUACUGAAAAUGUCUAUGUGCCAGUUUGCUGUCCCUUUGCUGCUCCCUGCUGUUGAUGGGCCAGGCUGUACCUUCAUGCUUUGGGGAAUGAGAGAUAUUGUAAAAAGUUGGAGACCUCAGUCACUGGCAGAAACAAAGGGAUUCAUGCAAGAGAAUCUUGUUCAGAUAUCUAUGCCAACAUUCAGUUUUGUUAGAUUGGGGGAAAGUAAAUUAUCUAAAUCUACCAUCCUGAAUCAAGUUCUCAGCCCAACUCAGCAAACCCAAGACUUCUUUGUCCACAGUAAUAUGGAAGGAGCUGAUAUCACAAGGGAAAUUUCUGAAGGUCUUGUAGAAAUAUCCUGGUAUUUUCCCGCUGGUAAAGGUAAUUCGGAUAUUUUCCCAGAGCCAGUUGCAUUUGCAAACCUUCAUGGAAAUCUGGAAGACAGCUUGAACGAGUUUGGAUUUCUAACUCAGAUCUCAUCUGCUGUGUUUAUUUUUGUUCAGGAUAUUAAUAAGAAUCUGAUUGACUUUUUAUCCCAGUAUGAAAACUCUCAGGCAAAUUUUAUCAUUAUUUUCAAGGAAAGCAGGAAAAUCGACAAAGACACAGGUCUCACAAAUGUGACUGUUGUUCAUUUCAAUAGCAAAGCUAGUGGAGCAACAAUAGCAAAGAAAAUUCGAGCAGCUACUACACAUUUCAUUAAGAAAGGAUGCCGUGCCCUGAGCCUGGAAGAUAUGGCAGAAAUUGCUCCCAAACUAAGAAUCUCUGUUGAUGAGAAUGUGAUAGAAUGUCAGAAUGCAAAAGCAGAUGCCAAAGCAAUAGCAGAUGAGAUCAAAGAUGUUGCUGAGUACAAAAAGGAUACAAUGAGGCUGCAGAGACAUUUGUGGAAAAAGGCUGAACUGGAAAAAGAAAUGUGUCAAAUGAAAAAACAAGGUGAUAAACGUACAGAGAGUUACAAAUCAGAACUACAAAAACAAUGUGCAGAAAUACGUGAGAAACAGUUUAAGUAUGAAAUUCCAAAUAGCAUUAGUAAAUUUAUUCAUUCAGUUGUGAAAAAGAACUACACAGAAAUUAGUUAUUUUUUAAAAUGGCUUCGAUUUUAUCUUGAUUUAUCUGCCAGGAAGAACCUCUCUGCUUUACAAGACGAGUAUAAAGAGAAAUCAAACAGUUCCCGUAUCAAUGAGCUGUCUGGGCUUGAUCACAAAAUAUCAGACAGUUCCCUGGGGACUGAACAUUUCCUGAGAGAAUUAGGGCAGAUUUAUGAGGCAGAACAUUGCAAGUUCAAGGAGGAAAAUGCAAGUGAAAGAAAAUUCACUGAACUACCUGCAUUUGCUGCUGAUCUCUUACUGGGUGGAUUCCCACUGGAGCUGAUAGAUGGAGAUGCUUCUAAUAUCCCAAUGCAGUGGCUGCAGGAUGUAAUGACUGAGCUGGACAAUAAAACAGGAAAAUGCAGCAGAAUGGGGGUAAUCACUGUACUGGGGGUGCAGAGCACAGGGAAAUCCACCCUUCUAAACACAAUGUUUGGGCUGCAGUUCCCAGUCUCUAGUGGACGAUGCACACGAGGAGCUUUUAUGACACUAAUGAAAGUGAGAAAAGAUUUCCAGGAGGAGUUGGGCUGUGAGUUUAUUCUGGUGAUUGAUACUGAAGGCUUGAAAGCUCCUGAACUGGCUUCUUUGAAGGACAGCUAUGAACAUGACAAUGAACUUGCAACACUGGCUGUUGGUUUGAGUGACAUCACAAUUGUAAACAUGGCCAUGGAGAAUACAACUGAGAUGAAGGAUAUUUUGCAGAUAGUGGUCCAUGCCUUCCUUAGGAUGAAAGAAAUUGGAAGGAAACCCAAGUGCCACUUUGUACACCAGAAUGUAAGUGAUGUUUCUGCUCAUGAAAAUAACAGACGGGAAUGGAUGAACCUUCUGGAGCAACUGAAUGAAAUGACCAGAAUUGCAGCAGAUAUGGAGAAGAAAACUCAAUUUACAGCUUUCUCUGAUAUCAUGAUGUAUGAUCCAGAAAAAGACAAUUUCUACAUUCCUGGUCUCUGGAACGGAGUCCCACCAAUGGCCUCUAUAAACAUUGCUUACAGUGAGACCAUCUAUGAGCUUAAAACAUAUUUAAUUGAAUGUAUGAAGAACAAGGGACACAGAAUUUGUGACUUUAUAAAAUGGAUAGAAAGUCUAUGGAAUGCUGUAAAAUAUGAAAACUUCAUCUUCAGUUUUAAAAACAGCCUAGUAGCAAAUGCCUACAACCAACUGGCUAAGAAAUACUCAGAACUGGAGUGGAAGUUCACUAAGGCAAUGCUUAAAUGGCUAGCAGAGACUGAAACAGUCAUCAAGAAUCAAAAUGCACAAACGAUUGAUAGUGAAGGAGCAACAUGUAAAUAUGCAGCGUAUUCUAUUCUCAGUAUGGAGGAGGAGAGCAUGAAGAAGGAAUUAGAGAAAUAUUUUUCAAGUGACAACAAAGAUGCAAGUCUAGUAGAGAGGUACAAAGCUGAAUUUCUAACUAGUGCAAGUUGCCUUAGGAAGAAGCUGGAAGCAUCAUCUCUUAGCAAAUGUGAUGAGGCAAUUCGUAUCCAAAAGGAGAACUUGAAGGUAAAAAAGGUUAUCAGUGCAUACAAAGAAAUUAUUGAUAAAAAGGUCACCAGCCUUGUGAUGAAGUGCAGGGAACAAAAAUAUAAACCUGAUGAAAAAACACUUGAAGAAGAAUUUGAGUUAAUGUGGGCAGACACUAUAUCAGAGUUAAAUGUCACUGCCCUUCCAGAACCCAACAUUGAACUUGAUUUUCUUACAUUACUCAAAAAAGAUAUGGCAUCAAAAGCUGUCAGUCAAAGACUGAACAACAUAAACCAACUUCCAAAGCAGGAAAAACUCCAUGUACAUGAAAGUAUGGGAAAAAAUCUAUUGAAAAAAUUUAAGAAUAAAUUGCCUUUUUUGAGUAGUGGCCCUGACAAACUAGAAGUAUUUGUUAAGUCCUUUUCAGACAUAUGUUCUGAUUUUAUAAAAGAAAAGCUAAGUACAGAAUCUGACUAUAAUGAAACAUAUGGGUUGGAACUACUACAUUUGAUUAAUUUAGUGUGUGAUGGAAACAACGAUCUUCAGUUCACAGCGGACAUAGAGCUGGAUCUGAAACUCUUUAUUUUGGGUAAUGCAGUUUGUGAUUUCCAACAGAUGCAUAAGGAUUUUGUCAAGAACAAUGAUCCUCUGAUUUGUCUUGGAGAGUUGAAGACUAAAUAUUGUAACAGUUUUCAAUACCUAUUUCUGGAGAAAGAUGAAAGCUGGGAGCGAGCCAAACAUUUGUGUAAUUUCUGGUUAAAACCAGCUCUGAUUGAGCAGGUAAACAGAAAACUUGGAUUGGAAAUAGUAGAUCAGAUUCUAGACAACAAUGAAUCCAAUCAGUACAGCACCAGAGGAUACUUCCAAUUCACUGUGAUGAAACAGCUACUAGAAAAGAGUAAUUUCUCUGACUACUUAGAAUACAUUGAUGAUUAUGAAACAUUUGUCAAAAAGUGGAUACAUAACUGUAUUUUAGAAAAAUGUGACUUCCACCAUCUGCAAUCCGGCAUUCUUUCUACCAUCAGAAAAAAGAUAACGGGAUUCCUAAAUGAGCCAAGGACCCUUCAGUUUCAGAAAAUGUCUGAUUUCCUUGUACGGCUUAGGGAAGUGCUGAGAAAUGAUUUGGCAUUAUCAGAUGAUAUAAAUGUAUUUUGUCUGAAAGAUGAGGCAAAUAUUCAAGAAUUUGUUGAAAAUAUUGAGAAAUCUCUUAGUGACACCGAAGCAGAAAUCAUAGCCGAGUUGAAAUCAGUGGACAAGGAAACAAUUCUUUCAAAGGUUGUGGUAAAACCAGUUGAUGAAUUGUUUAAGAGAGUUUUUGGAUGUGGGAAGCAAUGCCCAUUCUGUAGAGUUCCCUGUGAGGCCGGUGGAACUGAUCAUAAAAUUCACUUUGCGUCUAUUCACCGACCUACAGGACUGGGAAGAUACAGAUCCUUAUUCACACAAGCUCUUUGCCAUGAUAUCUGCACCAUUAAUGUAUCUGGCAAUAAAUCAUUUAUAGCUGAAAGUCAGUCUUCACAUCCCUAUAAAGAAUACAGAGCAGUUUUUCCAGAUUGGGACAUUCUUCCUGACCAAAGUUUUGAGGCUUCUGAAUAUUGGAAAUAUGUUCUUAAACUAUUCAAUGAGAAGUUUGCAGAAGAAUAUGAUUCUAGACCUGCUGAAUAUCCUGAGGAAUGGAAUACAAUAACUAAAGCACAGGCAGAAAGAUGCCUCAACACUGCCUUUGCAGAUCAUUCAGACAAUCACACAAUCAAGGAAAACAAAGAUGAAUGCGAAGGAGAAAAUAAAGGAACUUCUAGAGACAAAAAAACCUUAUAUAAAGACUUAUUGAAGAAAAUGAAUAUGGAUCCAUAUGAAACCAAAAGUCUACCAUUGCAAGACUUUCUUCAGAUUGAUAAAGAAUGUUUACAGAGGAUUGAUUAUUAUCAGAGAAAGUCUGCAGCCUGGAAUUUUAUACAUAAAAUAAUUGCAUUAAAUGGAACAGCCAGAGACAUAAUUACAUCAAGUGAGAACGAGAGUGAAGAUUCUCAGGAUGAUGUAACUUGUGACUCAUUUAGUUACAUUCAUCCCCUAGAUGUUCUGUGCCUUGUCCUGCAUUGCUGUGACCAUUUUUUGCAGCAGGAGAUUAUACUGAAAAUGUCUAUGUGCCAAUUUGCUGUCCCUUUGCUGCUCCCUGCUGCUGAUGGGCCAGGCUGUACCUUCAUGCUUUGGGGAAUGAGAGAUAUUGUAAAAAGGUGGAGGCCUCAGUCACUGGCAGAAGCAAAAGGAUACAUGCAAGAGAAUCUUGUUCAGAUAUCUAUGCCAACAUUCAGUUUUGUUAGAUUGGGGGAAAGUAAAUUAUCCAAAUCUACCAUCCUGAAUCAAGUUCUCAGCCCAACUCAGCAAACCCAAGACUUCUUUGUUAAUAGUUAUAUGGAAGGAGCUGAUGUCACAAGGGAGAUAUCUGAGGGGCUGGUAGAAAUAUCCUGGUAUUUUCCAGCUGGAAAAGGUAAUUCAGAUAUUUUCCCAGAGCCAGUCGCAUUUGCAAACCUUCAUGGAAACCUGGAAGACAGCUUGAAAGAGUUUGCAUUUCUAACUCAGAUCUCAUCUGCUGUGUUUAUUUUUGUUCUGAACAUUGAUAGGAAUCUGUUUGACUUUUUAUCUCAAUAUAAAAACUCUAAGACAAACUUUGUCAUUAUUGUCAAGGAAAGCAGGAAAAUCGAUGAAGGCACAGAUCUCACAAAUGUCACUGUACUCGUAUUCAGAAGUAAAGUUAGAGGAGAAAUAAUUGGAAAGAGAAUUCGAACUACAGCUUUAGAUUUUAUUAAGAAAGGAUGCCGUGCCCUGAGCCUGGAAGAUAUGGCAGAAAUUGCUCCCAAACUAGGAAUCUCUGUUGAUGAGAAUGUGAUAGAAUGUCAGAAUGCAAAGGCAGAUGCCAAAGCAAUAGCAGAUGAGAUAAAAGAUGUCGCUGAGUACAAAAAGGCUACAAUGAGGCUUCAGGGACAUUUGUGGAAAAAGGCUGAACUCGAAAAAGAAAUGUGUCAAAUGAAAAAACAAGGUGAUAAACGUACUGACAGUUACAAAUCAGAACUACAAAAACAAUGUGCAGAAAUACGUGAGAAACAGUUGAAUUAUGAGAUUCCAAAUAGCAUUAGUAAAUUUAUUCAUUCAGUUGUGAAAAAGAACUACACAGAAAUUAGUUAUUUUUUAAAAUGGCUUCGAUUUUAUCUUGAUUUAUCUGCCAGGAAGAACCUCUCUGUUUUACAAGCUGAGUAUAAAGAGAAAUCAGUUCCAGCAUCAAUGAGCAGCAAGGAACUAUCUGGCCUUGAUCAGAAAAUAUCAGACAGUUCCCUUGGGAUUGAACAUUUCCUGAGAGAAUUAGGACAGUUUUAUGAGGCAGAACAUUUUAUGCUCAAGGGGGAAAAUGCAGGUGACAGAAAAUUCACUCAACUACCUGCAUUUGCUGCUGAUCUCUUACUGGGUGGAUUCCCACUGGAGCUGAUAGAUGGAGAUGCUUCUAAUAUCCCAAUGCAGUGGCUGCAGGAUGUACUGACUGAGCUGGACAAUAAAACAGGAAAAUGCAGCAGAAUGGGGGUAAUCACUGUACUGGGGGUGCAGAGCACAGGGAAAUCCACCCUUCUAAACACAAUGUUUGGCCUGCAGUUCCCAGUCUCUAGUGGACGAUGCACACGAGGAGCUUUUAUGACACUAAUGAAAGUGAGAAAAGAUUUCCAGGAGGAGUUGGGCUGUGAGUUUAUUCUGGUGAUUGAUACUGAAGGCUUGAAAGCUCCUGAACUGGCUUCUUUGAAGGACAGCUAUGAACAUGACAAUGAACUUGCAACACUCGUUGUUGGUUUGAGUGACAUCACAAUUGUAAACAUGGCCAUGGAGAAUACAACUGAGAUGAAGGAUAUUUUGCAGAUAGUGGUCCAUGCCUUCCUUAGGAUGAAAGAGAUUGGAAGGAAACCCAACUGCCAGUUUGUACAUCAGAAUGUAAGUGAUGUUUCUGCUCAUGAGAACAACAGGCGGGGCAGGUUGAAACUUCUGGAGCAUCUGAAUAAAAUGACCAAAACUGCAGCAAAUAUGGAGAAGAAAACUGAAUUUACAGCUUUUUCUGAUAUCAUGAUGUAUGAUCCAGAGAAAGACAAUUGCUACAUUCCUGGUCUCUGGAAUGGAGUCCCACCAAUGGCAUCUAUAAAUAUUGCUUACAGUGAGACCAUCUAUGAGCUUAAGCAACAUUUAAUUAAACGUAUGAAGAACAAGGGACACAGAAUUGGUGACUUUAUAGAAUGGAUAGAAAGUCUAUGGAAUGCUGUGAAAUAUGAAAACUUCAUCUUCAGUUUUAGAAACAGCCUAGUAGCAAAUGCCUACAACCAACUGGCUAAGAAAUACUCAGAACUGGAGUGGAAGUUCACUAAGGCAAUGCUUAAAUGGCUAGCAGAGACUGAAACAGUCAUCAAGAAUCAAAAUGCACAGACAAUUGAUAGUGAAGGAGCAAAAUGUAAAUAUGCAGCGUAUUCUAUUCUCAGUAUGGAGGAGGAGAGCAUGAAGAAGGAAUUAGAGAAAUAUUUUUCAAUUGAAAACAAAGAGACAAGUCUAGUAGAGAGGUACAAAGCUGAAUUUCUAACUAGCGCAAGUUGCCUUAGGAAGAAGCUGGAAGCAUCAUCUCUUAGCAAAUGUGAUGAGGCAAUUCGUAUCCAAAAGGAGAACUUGAAGGUAAAAAAGGUUAUCAGUGCAUACAAAGAAAUUAUUGAUAAAAAGGUCACCAGUCUUGUGAUGAAGUGCAGGGAACAAAAAUAUAAACCUGAUGAAAAAACACUUCAAACUGAAUUUGAGUUAAUGUGGGCAGACACUAUAUCAGAGUUAAAUUUCACUGCCCUUCCAGAACCAAACAUUGAACUUGAUUUUCUUACAUUACUCAAAAAAGAUAUGGCAUCAAAAGGUUCAGCUGUCAGUCAAAGACUGAACAACAUAAACCAACUUCCAAAGCAGGAAAAGCUCCAUGUACAUGAAAGUAUGGGAAAAAAUCUAUUAAAAAUAGUAAAGAAUAAUUUACCUUUUUUGAGUAGACCUUCUGGCCCUGACAACCGAGAAGUAUUUUUUAAGUCCCUUUCAGACAUAUGUUCUUAUUAUAUAAAAGAAAAGCUAAGUUCAGAAUCUGACUAUGAUGAAACAUAUGGGUUGGAAAUACUAAAUUUGAUUAAUUCAGUGUGUGAUGGAAACAACGAUCUUCAGCUCACAGCGGACAUAGAGCUGGAUCUGAAACUCUUUAUUUUGGGUAAUGCAGUUUGUGAUUUCCAACAGAUGCAUAAGGAUUUUGUCAAGAACAAUGAUCCUCUGAUUUGUCUUGGAGAGAUGAAGACUAAAUAUUGUAACAGUUUUCAAUACCUAUUUCUGGAGAAAGAUGGAAUCUGGGAGCGAGCCAAACAUUUGUGUGAGUUGUGGUUAAAGCCAGCUCUAAUUGAGCAGGUAAACAGAAAACUUGGAUUGGAAAUAGUAGAUCAGAUUCUAGACAACAGUGAAUCCAAUCAGUACAGCACCAGAGGAUACUUCCAAUUCAAUGUGAUGAAACAUCUUCUAGAAAAGAGUAAUUUCUCUGACUACUUAGAAUACAUCGAUGAUUAUGAAACAUUUGUCAAAAAGUGGAUACAUAACUGUAUUUUAGAAAAAUGUGACUUCCACCAUCUGCAAUCUGUUAUUCUUUCUACCAUCACAAAAAAGAUAACGGGAUUCCUAAAUGAGCCAAGGACCCUUCAGUUUCAGAAAAUGUCUGAUUUCCUUGUAUACCUUAGGGAGGUGCUGAGAAAUGAUCUGGCAUUAUCAGAUGAUAUCAAUGUAUUUUGUUUGAAAGAUGAGGCAAAUAUUCAAGAAUUUGUUGAAAAUCUUGAGAAAUCCCUUAGUGACACCGAAGCAGAAAUCAUAUCCGAGUUGAAAUCAGUGGACAAGGAAACAAUUCUUUCAAAUGUUGUGGUAAAACCAGUGGAUGAAUUGUUUAAGAGAGUUUUUGGAUGUGGGAAGCAAUGCCCAUUCUGUAGAGUUCCCUGUGAGGCCGGUGGAACUGAUCAUAAAAAUCACUUUGCGUCUAUUCAUCGACCUACAGGACUGGGAAGAUACAGAUCCUUUUUCUCACAGACUCUUUGCCAUGAUAUCUGCACCACUAAUGUAUCUGGCAAUAAAUCAUUUACAGCUGAAAGUCAAUCUUCACAUCUCUAUAAAGAAUACAGAGCAGUUUACCCAGACUGGAACAUUCUCCCCGACCCAAGUAUCGAGGCCUCUGAUUAUUGGAAAUAUGUUCUUAAAGAAUUUAAUGAUCAGUUUGCAGAAGAAUAUGAGGGCAGACCUGCUGACUAUCCUGAGGAAUGGAAUACAAUAACCAAAGCACAGGCAGAAAGAUGCCUCAACACUGCUUUUGGCAUUUAAUGAAAUACUUCCUGAAGUGUAAUAUGUAAAACAUUCAGGUCACACAGUCAGGUCUUUGAAUAAAUCACCAGUUUCUCCAGUAUAGAGCAGGCUGCUGCUGGGUUUCAUGCCCCUUUCUUAAACUCUGCCAUCUUGCAAAGUGAAACUCCUGUAAUUAUGGAUAUUAUUGUAAAGCAUCAAAUUACAGGGGACAUAUUGUGUGAAAAACAAUACUGGGCCAAUGAAUUGUACUCAUCUAAAUAUAGAAGGAAUGUGCUUUAA